AUGUCCUACUGCACAAAGAUCAUUAGGCUCCCUGACAUCAUGGAUGCGAUUCCUUUCCCCAUCCGUAUGAACCCUUAUACACGUUUUCUAUCUGCCGCCUCAGACACCUUUAUCCUCGCGUCCACAAACUUCACAGAGAAGCAACGAUCAAGAUUCCUGGGCCUGAAAGCCGGUCUCUUGUGCGGAAUGUCCUACGUUGAAUCGGGCCCCGAGAAACUCAGAGUCUGCAUGGAUUUUACGAGCUUUCUAUUCUGCCUUGACGAUUGGAGCGACGAAUUCAACACCACGCAAACGGAGACCCUGGAAGCGGUUGUUAUGAAUACACUGCGUUACCCAGAGAUUUUCUAUUCGAACACUGUCGCAGCACGGAUUACCAAGUCGUGGUGGAAGAGGAUGUUGAAGAAUAUUGGCCCUCGCUGUAAAGAGCGCUUCAUCUCCUCUAUGGACCUGUAUUUCAAGGCGAUCACGCAGCAGGCCGCCGAUCGUGCGUCAAAGCAUGUUUCGGAGCUCGAUGCAUACAUUUCUUUGCGCCGAGAUACGAGUGGAUGCAAAGCUGGGUUUGUACUCAUCGAGUACGCCACAUAUAUAGACCUUCCCGACGAGGUCUAUGAGAAUUUGGUCGUUCAGGACCUGAUGGAUGCCGCGAACGAUAGCGUCAGCUGGGGUAACGACAUUUUUUCCUAUAGCCGCGAACGAUCGAGAGGAGACCCGCACAAUCUAGUAGCCGUCAUCGCACACGCCUUCGGCAUAGGCCAGCAAGCCGCCGUGGACCACGCUGCCGCGAUGUGCAACGAGACCGUUGAACGCUUUCUCGCAUGCAAAGCAGCGCUGCCAUCUUGGGGAAGAGUGGUCGAUGCACAAGUUGAAACCUUUGUGCGAGGUCUUGAAGACUGGAUGAUUGCCAACGCGGAGUGGAGCUUCGUGACGGAGAGGUACUUUGGCAAGAAUGCUCCACAGGUCAGGAAGAGCCUGCGAGUACAUCUUCUGCCAGUUGUCAACCCUCUAUAG